CCGAGGAAGAAAUUAGCGAUAAGGCCUCAACGUGUGGGAAGCUGCUGAUAAUUCUAUCUUGCGCACUUGUCGUACUCACAUUGCCGUUCAGUUUGUUCGUGUGCUUUAAGGUCGUUCAGGAAUAUGAACGUGCUGUCAUAUUUCGUUUGGGUCGUCUUAUGCAGGGAGGCGCCAAGGGUCCUGGUAUCUUCUUCAUUUUGCCCUGCAUUGACUCGUAUGCCCGCGUGGACCUGCGUACGCGCACCUACGAUGUCCCACCACAGGAGGUUCUGACAAAGGAUAGCGUCACCGUCUCGGUGGAUGCAGUGGUUUAUUAUCGCGUUUCCAAUGCGACAGUUUCUAUAGCGAACGUGGAGAACGCUCACCAUUCGACCAGACUUUUGGCGCAGACUACUCUACGAAACACAAUGGGAACUCGGCAUUUGCAUGAGAUACUUAGCGAGCGAAUGACAAUUUCCGGCACAAUGCAGGUUCAACUGGAUGAAGCAACUGACGCAUGGGGCAUAAAAGUCGAACGUGUUGAAAUUAAGGAUGUACGCUUACCAGUACAACUGCAACGCGCUAUGGCAGCCGAAGCUGAAGCAGCGCGUGAAGCACGCGCCAAAGUUAUUGCCGCUGAAGGAGAGCAAAAAGCAUCAAAGGCACUACGCGAAGCCUCUGAAGUCAUUGGAGGUUCACCAGCAGCGCUACAAUUGCGUUACUUACAGACACUCAAUACAAUAUCGGCGGAAAAGAACUCAACAAUAGUUUUCCCAUUGCCCAUCGAUUUGAUAACUUAUUUCCUGAAGACAACCGAGGCAACGGCGCAACAAAACGCCGCGCAACAAAACGCCGUCGUAGCCAUACCACCAGCGGUGGCAGGAGUGAGCAGCCAAAAUUCACCACAGCAAUCGACAUCACCGCAAGCGGGCAUUCAAACGGCAUCUAUGUAAAAAACAAAAACCAAAAAAAUUAUUUAGGUAAUCGUUAUGGCCGGCGAAAGAAAACGAAAUAAUAAAAAAAUGUAUGUAUGUAGUUUGCAAACGAUUUUACGGUAAACUUGAAGAAAAAAUCAAAACGUAAAUAUUUACUUCUAAGUGGAUAUACAUAAAAUUAAUUAGGCGGAUGAGCUAAGAUUGAAAAGUUGAUUUGAAAAAAAUGUUUCUUUGUGAUUUGUGAAUGUUGGAAUGUUCAAAACAUAGUAUUUAACUGCUGAGCCGAUUGGAUGAAAUGAAUUGAAAACAGUGUGCACAAAAAGUAUGCGUCUUCAGGUAGGUCAGUACAUUACAACUCGAAGAGAACUGCUCAUAAAUAUUAGUAGAAGCAAACGAAAGUGUAAAAGCAAAAAGUAAGAAACAUAACUUGCCGAGCAUCCCAUGUUAAAAUUCUUGAUAUCUUCCAGAACUCUUAACCACAGUUAAGCUUUUGUUGGAAACAGGCUAUUAGCCUCCAUAGUGAAAUCGAACCAAAUAAAAUGAUUUAACUGAUUUAGCUGGUUUUGAUUACAGUAUCUUUCAACAAAAUAUUUGCAGACUAGAGCCCAGACAAUCUACAAGCAAUAAAACUUUUCCUUAGCCAAGUUCCACCACAUAUUCAUACUACGUACUCACAAGUCCUUCUUCACUUUUGGUCCUUUUAUUGAGUUCUCCUAACAAUGCCGUCUUUGUUGAAGCCGUGUGCUAAACCUUGCCUAAAUCGGCGAGUUUAUUGAUAAGCUAUUAAGCUGAUUAUCCAUAGUUUAGAUGUACGUUAGGUAUUGCAUCGUUUAUUGCGGAUAGGUUCAACAAUAUCCACGAAGGAGCUUUGCUAAAGUAAUUUGGAUACGCCGGUGCUACUCGAGCUUGUCUUGUCGGUCUGCGAUAGCUUAUGUUUGAAUUCCGAUUACGGCAUUUAUGAGACGACAGUUGACGAAGGGGUUAAAUGCCUACCCAUGAACAGCCUUUAUAGACUGUCUGUAAUCGAACUUAAUCAGCUGAAAGCAUAGGCACUGCUAAACCUGGUCGUAAAGAUGCGUUUUGUGUAAUGUAACCAGGUGCCUUAUAAUUGACUUCACUACGAACUAGUGCCUGUUGGCGGGAUCUUUAGGGUAACAACCGUGUAAAUGGUGUUCCCGCAAUAGCUGGAGGCAUCCGUCAAUAGUUUUUAUUGUACCGUGCUGUCGAAUAAAUCGAGUUAAAUUAACGAUAACGACAGAGAGGUUAUUGGUCUUUCACUGAUCUAUUAAACUUGACCUCUUUCGUCUUGAAAAGUAUUUAGAUCAGUGAUGAAGCGGUACAGUUAUGAGAGAUAACUAUUUCCCGUCGCCAAAAACAAGUAGCCGUCGGCGAAUGAGGUUAGAGAAAUGCCUUCUAGUGGAGGAGGGAGUAUCGCGCUAAGGAAUUUAAAAGUAACGGCUAAUAAGUUCAUCUCGAAAUGUCAUCGAUCAGUGAUGACUACUCAGUUUAUUCACUAGGGUGCAAGUAAGAUUUUUCGUCGAGUUUAUGUAGCGCAACUGACAAUUUCGAAAGCUCUUAAUUUAUCUGGUUUCCCCGGCUUCGCUAGUGGUACUCAGAAACGAGAUGGUAACUUUAUUUGGUUUGCCUUUUCCCAAAAACUUUAGAAUCCAGCUGCUUAUUUCAUUGGGGAGAAUAGUUUUGUGACCACCCGACCUUCGUCGCGGGUGAAACAAAACGUUGAUGUUCGUAGUUUUCGCGCACCCAGGGGCGCAGUGUGAAUUUUCGGCUAAAAUAAUUUGCACCCCUGACGCGUGGCUACGGCUGUGGUACAUCUUCCUUCUAGUGGCCACUAGAGAUUGAUGAUGAGCUAUUUAAGACUUUGGAAGGAUCUUCACUAUUCUUGAAUUUAUUUCGAGUUGGCCAUUAAUAAGGAACAAAAGGAUACGCGGAUGUUAGAAAGAGAGGUGCUCAUCAUAAAUGCUGUCAUGUCGGUAGCGCAGAUCUUGAAAAAUACUAAAAUGAUCUAUAAAGUUAAAUAGGAAUCACUGGAAGUAAAUGCGCCGAUUCGGCAAAAGCAAUUGCUCUAAAAUAACUGAAAUAUAGUUCGAUU